AUGACACCUCAGGGUCUAGCUGACGCCACAGUGAUCGCUAAGGUAAACAGCUCUGUGUGGGACCUGGACCGACCUCUGGAGGAAGACUGUAGUCUGCAGCUACUCAAGUUUGAUGACGAGGAGGCCAAAGCUGUGUACUGGCACUCCAGUGCCCACAUAAUGGGUGAGGCGAUGGAGAGGGUCUACGGAGGGUGUCUGUGUUAUGGUCCGCCCAUUGAGAACGGCUUCUACUACGACAUGUUCCUGGACCAGGAGGGAGUGUCCAGUAAUGACUUCCCCUGCUUGGAGAACCUGUGUAAGAAGAUCAUCAAGGAGAAGCAGCCCUUCGAGAGGCUGGAGAUCAAGAAGGAUACUCUCCUGGAGAUGUUCAAGUACAACAAAUUUAAGUGCCGGAUCCUGAAUGAGAAGGUGACCACCCCAACCACUACUGUGUACAGGUGUGGGCCGCUGAUUGACCUAUGCAGAGGACCCCAUGUCAGACACACUGGGAAGAUCAAGACCCUGAAGAUCCACAAGAACUCAUCUACCUAUUGGGAGGGCAAGGCUGACAUGGAGACUCUUCAGAGGAUCUACGGUAUCUCCUUCCCUGAUCCCAAGAUGCUCAAGGAGUGGGAACGCUUCCAGGAGGAGGCCAAGAACAGGGACCACCGCAAACUGGGACGGGAGCAGGAUCUGUUCUUCUUCCAUGAUCUGUCUCCAGGCAGCUGUUUCUUCCUGCCUAAAGGAUCCUUCAUCUACAACAGUCUUGUGGACUUUAUCAGGACUGAGUACCGUAAGCGAGGCUUCCAGGAGGUGGUAACCCCUAACAUCUAUAACAGUAAGCUGUGGCAGACAUCAGGUCACUGGCAGCACUACAGCGACAACAUGUUCUCCUUCGAGGUGGAGAAGGAGGUGUUCGCCCUCAAACCUAUGAACUGCCCCGGACACUGUCUGAUGUUUGACCACCGGCCACGGUCCUGGAGGGAGCUGCCUCUGCGACUGGCUGACUUCGGCGUGCUGCAUCGUAAUGAGCUUUCUGGCGCUCUGACUGGUCUGACCCGUGUACGACGCUUCCAGCAGGACGACGCCCACAUCUUCUGCACCAUGGACCAGAUUGAGGAGGAGAUUAAGGGUUGUCUGGACUUCCUGCGUACGGUCUACGACUGUUUUGGUUUCUCCUUCAAACUCAACCUGUCCACCCGGCCUGAGAAGUUCCUGGGAGAACCCGCGGUCUGGGAUCAGGCUGAGAAGCAACUGGAGAACAGUCUGAAUGAGUUUGGAGAGAAGUGGGUCCUCAACCCUGGAGACGGGGCCUUCUACGGACCAAAGAUCGACAUCCAGAUCAAGGAUGCCAUUGGUCGAUACCACCAGUGUGCCACUAUCCAGCUGGACUUCCAGCUACCAAUCCGCUUCAACCUCACCUUCGUCAGCCAUGAUGGGGAGGAUAAGCAGAGGCCAGUCAUCAUCCACAGAGCCAUCCUGGGAUCAGUAGAGAGGAUGAUAGCUAUCCUCACUGAGAACUACGGAGGGAAAUGGCCGCUGUGGCUGUCUCCCCGUCAGGUGAUGGUGGUACCAGUAGGACCCACCCUGGAUGACUACGCUCAGAAGAUCCGUGAUGAUUUCCACCGUGGAGGUCUGAUGACAGACGUAGACUGUGAUGCCAGCUGCACCUUGAACAAGAAGAUACGCAACGCACAGUUGGCACAGUACAACUUCAUCCUGGUUGUGGGAGAGAAGGAGAAGACCAGUGAGACGGUGAACGUGCGUACGCGUGACAACAAGGUGCACGGCGAGCGCAGCGUCAAUGAGUGUAUGGAGCGUCUCCAACAGCUGAAGGCCUCACGCAGCCGCAACGCAGAGGAGGAAUUCUGAUACCACUCUGACGGGCCUUUUCAGUAUCUCAGAGAGGAUUUCAACUUCGAGUCAAACACAAAGUGCAGAUCAGAGUCCUUAAAGGCAACUCGCUCUGCCUGUCUUGUACUUAACUUGACUACACUUUUGUGUCCGCAUUUCUUAAUAAACUGUAUUUUUGUUUUUUGAAAAAUCACAUUCUAAUUCGUUGAAACGUUUUUAUAAAAUAUUAUAAAGAAAUGGUUAGAUGAUCACGACUCUGGGCUUUCAGUGGAAUCUCCAAUGUCCUCUCUUGUAAUAUGUGAAACUCAUGAUACUGUUGAUUGUCUGCUUGUAGUAAUGUUACAAGGGAUGACCUCUCUCUACUUUAAAUUGAUUUAUACCACGUUGCCUCUUUCUCCUCGUUGGUUUACACUAUAAAGGGAAACAAGAAAAGAACAUCAAGUUUUACAUUCAACUGUACCAAGUGGAGUUCACUGCUGUAAACUGUAGGAGCAACCAUUUUCAAUGUAUCAAAAUAAUUUUGAAAAUGUUAAAAAAUAUAACAAUUCUUACA